AACCUUUGACUUUUCCUUCUCUCUCUCUUUAAAUCUUGGUAUUAUCGCAUAAAUUAUGGGUUUGUCUCAUUCGUCCAUUCCACAACAUUUUCCAUCAAGGCGACCAAUACAAUAAUAGCUUUACCCAGAACCUAAAAGGCAGCCAUGUGGAUAUUCUUCAGCCAUCCAACUUGACAAGAAAAGAUGUUGUCAUCUCUUUGACGAAACUGGUAAUUUUUGGAAUGGACUUUAUUUCAAAUCAUGGGUAACAAGGAAAGAAAAUCAAGACGGAAAGUGUUUCGGUUGUGGUUUAGCAAGAGAAGAAGCAGAGCUGAUGCAGCAUCCCAUUUAAGCGAAAUUUCAGACGACGACGGACAAGAUGACGUGUACAUGAAUGGUCUUUCUGUUAUGUCACUGGACAGAAGACCAUGCAUCCUAAACAAUGAAUUGAGAAUCUUUGUGGGUACGUGGAAUGUUGCGGGAAGAUCUCCUGUGGGAAGUCUAGCUGUAGAUUUGGAUGAGUGGCUAAAUCUGAAAGAAGCAGCAGAUAUUUAUGUUCUUGGCUUCCAGGAAAUAGUCCCUCUAAAGCCUAAAACUGUAAUUGGAGCAGAAGAUCCAACAGAAGCUACUAACUGGAAUGUGCUCGUCGGUAAAACUCUAAAUAGCAAGUAUGGUGGUGCCUGGUUAACACCCAUGGUCAAUCCAAUCACCAGUGAUAAUUAUCGAUAUGAUCAAGCCACUGAAUCAGAUAGUAGACUGAGGAAUGACUACGAAAUAGUUUCAGCAAGAGGUCUGUCUAGAACUGAUUAUAAGCUCUCAGAUUGUGUUGGUAGUUACAAAUUGAUGGCUAGCAAGAAGAUGGUUGGUGUCUUCAUUAGUGUCUGGAUGAGAAGGACAUUGCUAAAGAAGUAUUGUGUCUCGGAAGUAAAGGUCUCUUCAGUAGCUUGUGGCAUUAUGGGCUAUCUGGGAAACAAAGGAUCAGUCUCUGUGAGCAUGUCCAUAGGAGGAACUAGUUUUUGCUUUGUGGCAGCUCACUUAGCCUCAGGAGAAAAGAAAGGUGAUGAAGGGAAGAGGAACCGUCAAGUCACCGAAAUUUUUAGGAGAACGUCUUUCCCCCGGCUGUCACAAGACUGCCAUAAAAAUCAUCCUCUCACCAUCUUAGGACAUGACCAGAUAUUUUGGUUUGGAGAUCUCAACUACAGACUGUACUUGGAAGACAAUUUAGCGAGGGAAUUAAUAAAAAGGAAAAAUUGGAGUGCGCUGCAAGAGUUUGACCAGUUGGGGAAGGAACUAGAAGAUGGUGGAGUGUUUCAGGGUUGGCAAGAGGGAGAUAUAGAAUUUGCUCCCACAUACAAAUAUUCUUCUUCCAAUUGCAAUCGAUAUUCUGGUGGACUUCCAAGCAGAGCAGGGGAGAAGCAAAGAACUCCAGCAUGGUGUGAUAGAAUCCUAUGGUAUGGAAAGGGAGUGAAACAGCUUUCCUAUUUCCGCAGUGAAAGCAAGUUCUCAGACCAUCGGCCCGUGUCCGCUUUAUUCUCUGUACUAGUUAAAGAUCAAAAGUGUGCCCAUUCAAGUUUGGUUCCGUUUCCUCCUUUCAGUCCCCUCCGAAAUUCCUAGUAAAGAUCUAUAAGGCAAGAGUAAUAUAAAAGCUAGAUCUCCACUCUUACCAUUGAUUGUGAUGGAUACAGAAGGAUUAACAUAUGUGCACACAGGAAAAUCAUGAAGAUGACUUCCUAUUCAACUGAACAAACAAUUCAUCUCUUUACAUCUCAAUCAGUUCCAAUCCAUCAAAAAAGCAUUCUGGUGGAUUCACUUUAAAGCCCCACUUUUGGAGCCUCUCUUAACAUCCAGUAAAGGGAGGUGGAACAUGGGCGGGGUGACGAAAAUUUUAUUGGGAUUUAGAGGCAAGUACAUUUAACUUUUUUCUUUAGCAAUACCAUAGACAGCUGAAAGAACAGGAACACAAUUAUCCUUGUGGUAAAAGUAUGUCUCGUUUUACAGCUUCCAUUACAUUUGUUCUUUGGGAUGUAUAGGGGAGAGUGAGUAGAAAAACUAGGAGUGUCAAUUAUGCAAACUAGCCCUAUUUGUAGUAAACCAAAGCUUAGUCACACAUAAAGCCAAUGGAAGACAUGAGGGCAGAAGUGUAAGCACCUCAGUGUCUUACUUUUGACUAUCAUCAGUUAAAAUGUCAGGGACUACUUACAAGAAGCUAAUUUUCAUCGCCUGCUUGAAGAAUUUGACUUAAUGCAGCUGUAUUGUCCUUGUGACAUUUGGGACAUACCGACCUCCUCUGUAGCUCAUCUCCAAGGGAAGCACAUUUGUUUUCCAAUUCAGAAGUCUGCUUACUUCCAGUCAAGGACACAACGAUUGUUGACAAAUCUAAAGCAAGGGUGCCGAUUUCAUAUGUAUUUUUUUGAGGUGUGAAAGAGUUUCUCAGUAAUACAGUAAACAUAUAAUGAGACUAUUGUCUAAAUGUGGAAUAGUUCAUGAAAUUUUUAGA